AUGAACCUCGGCCGAAUGGAACUGGGGUAUACUAAUAUCGACAUAUCUACUGGCGAGUCCCCGGAAUUUGAUGGGAUCAAUGCUGUCGCAAUGGAGAAAUUGAAAACUUUACUGAUCGCGAAUCGCGGUGAAAUCGCCGUUCGAAUCACCAAAACGGCCAAAGAGCUAGCUGUCCGUACAAUUGCAAUCUACACUGCCGCCGACGCAACCUCACAACACAUCCUGGCGGCAGAUGAGGCGGUCCUACUACCGGGUGACGAUUCUACCGCAUACAUCAACGGAAAUGCAAUCAUAGAAAUCGCGCGCUCCCGUCAAGUGGAUGCCAUUAUCCCAGGCUAUGGGUUUCUGUCGGAGAAUGUGGAAUUUGCCCAAGCUGUCGCCAAUGCCGGGAUGAUCUUUGUGGGCCCUAAGUCCGAGGCCAUUGAAGCGUUUGGGCUGAAACAUCGAGCUCGUGAGAUUGCUGUGGCAGCUGGGGUUCCAAUUGUCCCCGGGACACAGGGACUGCUCGUCACGGAGGACGAGGCGGUGGAAGCGGCAAAUGAAUUAGGUUAUCCUGUCAUGUUAAAAGCCACCGGUGGCGGUGGUGGUAUGGGUUUAAUGAUAUGCGAAUCAGUGGAAGAGGUCCGAGCGUCUUUGGCGCAAGUCCGCUCCCGAGGAGAAACGUUGUUUAAGAAUGCUGGCGUGUUUAUGGAGCGUUACUAUCCUGAGAGCCAUCAUAUCGAGGUCCAGGUUUUUGGUAAUGGUCUAGGAGAUGCAAUCCAUAUCGGAGAGCGCGAGUGCUCAAUUCAACGCCGUCAUCAAAAGGUUGUCGAAGAGUGCCCCAGCCCGUUCGUGGAAAGGCACCCAGGCCUUCGCGAGAAGCUCACCUCUGCAGCGGUUGCUUUGACCAAAUCCAUUCGCUAUGGAUCUGCAGGCACAGUCGAAUACCUAGUUGAUGAUGUAUCGGGUGAUUUCUUCUUCCUGGAGAUGAACACUCGUCUUCAAGUGGAGCACGGUAUUACCGAGCUCUGUUACGGACUUGAUAUCGUAAAGCUCAUGCUCCAAAACGCCGAUCGGGAGUUAUGCGAUCUCGGAGGUCUGGACAAAUGCUAUCUGGAAUCUUUGCAACCAGACAAGCCUUCAGGUUGUGCGAUUGAAGUUCGUGUGUAUGCAGAAAAUCCUGCGCGAAACUAUUCUCCGUCUCCUGGAUUGCUGCAAUAUGUUGAAUGGAGGGAGGUGAGCGGCACUCGAAUUGACACGUGGGUCGCUACUGGAACUCGAAUUUCCACAUAUUACGAUCCUAUGAUCGCAAAGGUCAUGGUGCAUGAUUUCAACCGAACAGCGGCUAUUGAAAAGUUGGGCGGUGUCCUGUCGCACUCGACCCUCUGUGGCCCGCCGACAAAUUUGGACUUUUUGCACGGCAUCAUUCAAUCCAGUGAAUUCCUCACGGGUAAUACAUUGACCAAUUUCUUGGCCAGUUUCGAGUUUACACCGGUUGCGAUUGAUGUCAUAUCACCAGGUUUGUAUACAACAGUACAAGACUAUCCAGGACGCCCAACAGCUGGGCGGGGAAUUCCACAAGCAGGGCCGAUGGAUCCUUUGGCAUUUCAAGUUGCCAACAUUUUGGCCGGGAAUUCUUCCACCACCGAAGGCUUGGAAAUUACACUGAAAGGACCGGAGCUACGUUUUCUAGCUCCGGCAUGCAUAUCUGUCUGUGGUGCUCCAAUGGAAAUGUCACUUGAUGGAACCGACGCUCCAAUGUGGACACGACUCUAUAUCAAACCUGGUCAAACAUUAUCGAUUGGAAAGCUGAAGGGAUCCGGAGGCUGUCGAGCAUAUCUCGCUAUUCUUGGAGGAUUCCCGGCAAUUGCCCCAUACUUUGGAUCAAAAUCAACCUCCCCUCUACUUGGAAUUGGUGGGUAUCAAGGAAGACCCCUCGCCCCAGGUGAUAUGUUGGCCAUUACGAAGCUUGAGGGAGUUGAGGCAGAGCCCAAAAUCUCAUUGCCCGUCCAUUUGCGCCCCAUAUACUCCUCUCACUGGGAUAUUGAUGCUAUGAUUGGGCCGUACGAUGAAGGGUACAUUGUAUCCGAAGAUAUCGACAUGAUCUAUAACACAAUUUGGGAUGUAUCGCAUAAUGCCACAAGAGGCGGCAUUCGCCUUGUUGGGCCGGCUCCUAGAUGGGCAAGAGAAGAUGGGGGCGAGGGUGGACAGCACCCUAGCAACGUGAUUGAAUACGGUCCUUGCAUCUUUCCGGUGGACGCCCCUGAUCUUGGCGGUUUCAUUUCCUCUACCACGAUUGUGAAAGCCAGUCUAUGGCGUAUGGGCCAACUUAAAUCUGGCGACACGAUUCAAUACCGCAGGGUAUCAUUAAAGGAUGCCCUUCGGGCUCGCACUAAAUUGGAACAGUUUUUGGAAAACGUGUUGGCGCUUGUAGCCGGCCAGUGCGAUGUGAAUACCAUCGAGCCAAUCUCGAAUUCCGAGUUGCCAGAGUCAGCUGCUUCUGGUACCUGGGGAAAGGCAUUGAUUCACAGCACCAAACUGAGAGAAUCUGCAAUUCCUAUGACAUUUAGGCAGGGUGGGGAUGAGUUCUUAUUAGUCGAGUUUGGAGAUGGGAAAUUUAAUCUCAAUCAUCGCUGCCGAGUAACAGCUUUGGACCAAGCAUUCAAGAAGUCUCAAGGAUCUGACGAAGCUUUGAGACGAGCCGUCUACAAGACCACCGGAUGCUGCAAUUCGCUCCUCAUCCACUACGACGGUCUGAAGAUCCCCCAGGAAGCCCUUGUCAAACUUUUGGUAUCGUUGCAAGAAACCGUCGGCGAUCUCAGCAGUUCCAACGUUCCAAGUCGAAAAUUCCGUCUUCCCAUCUGCUUCGAAAGCCCGGCUCAGCAGGAAGCCAUCCAGCGAUAUAUGGAAACACAGAGACCACAUGCUCCAUUUUUACCGAGUAACAUGGACUUUGUGGCCAAUAUCAACGGCAUUACCCAGGAUGAAUUGGUCGAUAUUUUCCUUUCGGUCGAGUUCAUGGCUAUUUGUGUCGGGUUCUUCUGUGGCGAUACUAUCUGUCUCCCGGUUGAUCCCCGUUAUCGUUUAACAUGCCCCAAGCAGAACCCCAGUCGAGUGUACACCCCGGAAGGAAGUGUCAGCUGGGGUGGAUCGUGCAUGAACAUCUAUCCCGUCGACUCCCCGGGAGGAUAUCAGAUGACGGGCCAAACGAUUCCCUGCUUCGACCAAUUGGGAGUUAAACCCGAUUUCUCGCCAAGUCAGCCGGGUCUGUUCCGUGACUUUGAUCAAAUUACCUUCUACCGAGUAGAAAAGGAAGAGCUUGAGCGUGAUAUGGCGCGUUUUCGGUCUGGUUGUUACAAAUUCCAGUACGAAGAUGUCAUUUUCGACAUGAGCGCCCACAAUCGUCUUCUUGAACAAACCAGAGACGAAACAGCAGCGUUUAAGUCUCGCCAAGCCACUGCACAGGUAAAGAUGUUAGCCUUGGAAAAGGAAUCGAUGGACAGAUGGAUGGAGGAAAAGGCGCAAAACAAUGUUCCUGCUGAUGAAGUUGAACUCCUGAGAGAAGACCCUGACAUUUUGACGUUGUAUGCCCCUCUCGAUGCAAACGUGUGGAAAGUCAAUGUUGCAGAUGGCAAUGUUAUAUCCUCUGCUCAAGUUGUUGCCAUCCUUGAGGCAAUGAAAAUGGAAGUCUCGGUCUCUCACAAUGGGGAUAAGAAGGAUGGUGUUGAUCAGUCCUUCAGGAUUGAGAAGGUGCUCGUGCAGCCAGGUGAUACUGUGAAGGCCGGAGAUGCGCUGGUAUUUUUGAGAAAUAUUUGA